AUGUGGAAUGAUGGAUCGACAACUGCUGAUACAGUCUUAGCGCUACUAUCGUCCAACGCUACUGCCCCAGUAAAGGUAGUUGUACAGUUUAGUAAUUUAACAAACGCUACAUCAAUUAAUGGAGCGUGGAUUGGAUCUAAUAAUGAUCUCCAUUUUCUUACCAACAACUCACGUAAAUGCACUGUCACAGCCGGCGGUCGUUUUGGUAUUGGCACAGCUACUCCAUCAGCAUUUCUCCAUAUACAAGGCAGCGUUUCUUUCGCGGAUAUAUCAGGCACGGGGGGUCAGCAAUACAAUAUAAAUUCGAAUACUUGGACAAAUCUUGGUACUGGAGCUCUGUCGUUACCUAUAUCAGCUCUCUUUAGCUCAUUAAUUUUGGUAGGAUCCUCCGUGUACUCAAUAUCUGACCGACGCUUAAAGAAGGAUAUCAAGACAAUUGACCUAGUCAUUGAUCGUUACCAUACUCUAAACCCUGUCUGCUCAGGAGGUACGAAAGGUAUGUGCUGA